AUGGCAACUAUCGCUCCUUUAAAAAUCAAAAUUCUUGUUCUUGGACCACUUAAAAGCGGUAAGACAACAAUAUCAAAUUAUUUGGCGGAUUCAAGCGAUAUAAGCCUUAAUACAUAUCGGCCAACUCGUGGUGUGCGAAUUGUUGAAUUCGAGAGUAAUGACCUAGAACUUGAUGGGGAACGAGUGGAAGCAGAGAUUGAACUUUGGGAUUGUAGUGGUGAUAAACAAUAUGAGAGAUGUUGGCCUGUAAUCCGACAUAAUACUAAUGGCGUUAUAUUGGUAUGUAGGCCUGAUCAAGAUAAUGGAUCGGCACUUUUACCGUGGUACGAAGAAUUUGUACAACGUAGAAACAUUGACCCAUCACUCGUUCUUAUCCUAUUGAAUACAACCAAUGAGUCGUCCGACUAUCCAGUGACCAAUGAUAUCACCGAUUUUUCUCUCUCACCUCAGAUGAGCAAUCUUCGAAUUGUGCCAGUGAAUAUCCAUUAUGAUGAUGAUAAUCUUCGAUUAGAAUUCAAUGGUUUUCUGUGUCGGGUUAUUUCAAAUGUAAAAAUUCAAAAAACUGAAUAA